AUGGAGAAGGUAACACUGCAGAAGCACUAUGAGGCUCUGAGCCAGGAUCCAGAAAACCUGGAAAUUCGGAAGUCAAAGUCAUGUCGGAAGCGAGGCUGGGCUUUGCUGCUCUGCACUGUGCUUGCCGGUGGCUGGUUCCUCAACCCGCACUGUCACCAUGUUCACCGUGUUCCUAGCAUUGAGGAAAGAGUGCAUAACAUCUUGACUCAAACACCGCUGAUUGAUGGUCAUGAUGACUUCCCUAUCUUUAUCCGAUCGGUCUUUCAUAAUCACAUUCAUGGUGCCAAUUUUACGGACGCCUUUCUUAAUGGCACACUUCCCGCCCAUGUAGACCUGCCUCGUCUGAAGCGUGGUCAUGUUGGUGGCACCUUUUGGAGUGUUUUUGUUCCCUGUCCUACCGAUUGGACGGACUUUUCUGAUGAAACAUAUGCGCCUAGUAUACGUCAAACUAUGGAACAAGUUGACUUGAUGUCUCGUGUUCAGCAGACUUUUCCCGAAGUCUUUUCAACUCCGCCGAAUGGCACUACCGCUCUGAGCGCUUUCCAGGAGGGAAAGAUUAUUUCUCCCCUCGGUAUAGAAGGGCUGCACUCAAUCGGCAAUUCUCUGUCGCAUCUUCGCAUUUUCUACGAACUGGGAGUCUCCUAUGCAACGUUGACUCACAAUUGCCACAAUCGCUAUGCCGACGCCGCGGUUGUUGAACUGUCAGGUGGUGGGGUGAAGAAGUCCGAACCGUUGUGGCACGGAGUCAGUCCGGCGGGCCAAAACGUGGUCUACGAAAUGAACCGACUCGGUAUGAUUGUUGACCUGGCCCAUGUGAGCGUGGAUACCAUGCGUGAUGUGCUGGGUGCCGGCAAGACCGAGUGGACCGGAAGUCAGGCUCCGAUCAUCUUCAGCCAUAGCUCGGCCUAUGCGUUGUGCCCGCAUCCGCGCAAUGUACCCGAUGAUGUCCUUGAACUGGUGCGGCAGAAGAACUCGGUCGUCAUGGUUAACUUUUCGCCUGAUUUCAUCUCCUGUGUGGAUUCGGGCCGCGCCGAUGGUAUCCCGGGUGCUGAUCCAGAGCACGCUACCCUCGAGCGCGUCGCGGAUCAUAUCAUGCACAUCGGGACUAUCGCGGGCUUCGACCAUGUCGGCCUUGGAAGUGAUUUUGACGGUAUCCCGACAGUACCUCGGGGACUGGAAGAUGUAUCCAACUUCCCGGCUCUGAUUGCGGAGCUCCUACGCCGAGGAUUGAGUGAUGAGGAUGCUGCCAAGGUAGCCGGUGGCAAUUUGUUACGUGUGUGGAGAGAUGUUGACCAAGUAGCCCUCAAGAUGCAGGCUGAAGGUGCGGCUCCCGUGGAAGAUGACUCCCAGACGAUCUAG